AUGGAACAACAUUUGCUUCCCUAUAGCUAUGCAUGUGCUAGUAUUGUAUUGCUUAUAUGCAUUCGUCUCUGUUAUGAUCUGUUGCUGAAGCCUCAAAGGCUUCGAUUAAAGCUUCGAAGGCAAGGGAUUGAUGGUCCCAAACCUUCCUUUAUGAUGGGUAACAUUCCUGAAAUAAAGCACAUGAAAUCGAUGGUCAAGCUUUCGGAGUUUUCAAGCGAUAAAUGGGAACAACCUCCACCACUCGACACUUCUUCCAUUCUCUUCCCACAUUUCAAUCAGUGGACUAAGCAAUAUGAUCCUUAUCUGGUGAAAGAAAUAAACCAAUGCAAGUCACUGGACUUGGGGAAGCCUGCGUAUCUACAGAAGGACAGGGGACCUUUAUUAGGCAAGGGCCUAAUUACCACCAACCGUGGAGUUUGGUCACAUCAGAGAAAAACCAUAGCCCCUCAGCUCUACAUGGACAAGGUUAAGGAUAUGUUGAAUAUAGUGGUGGAGUCUGCAAGCACAUUGGUGAAAUCAUGGGAGAGUGUGGUUGAAAGUGAGGGUGGUACUGCAGACAUAAAAGUGGAUGAUUAUGUGAGAGAAUUCACAUCUCAUGUAUUCUCCAGAAUUACGUUUGGGAGCAAUUAUUCUAUCGGGGCUGAAUUACUUCCGAAGUGUAGAGCACUUAUCAAGGCCUCAGAAUCACCCACCAUUCUCAAUGGGCUUCCUUUCUAUAGAUAUCUUCCAACCAAGAAAAAUAGAGAUUUGUGGAGACUAGAGAAAGAGGUUCACUCGAUGAUCAUAGAUACAACAAAGAAACUUAACGGAGCUGUGGCCGACGACAUGAUACAAGUACUCAUGGAUGGUGCCAAGCGUGGUGAACUUGGGCCAUCGACACCUGAAAAAUUUAUAGUUGAUAAUUGCAAGGAUCUUUACCUUGCUGCAUUUGAGGUCACUGCCAUUGCCACAAUAUGGGGUUUAAUGUUAUUGGCUUCACAUCCCGAAUGGCAAGCUCGUGUUCGUGCUGAAAUUCUGGAAGUUUGUGGGGGAAAUAUGCCGGAUGGCCAAGCAUCCUAUGCUCGGUCUUUGCCUAAGCACCCUAUGCUCGGUCUUGGAUACCAGGAAACCAUCCCACACGCUCUUACCAUUAUAGGCAGCCACGUGUCAGCUCCUAGUUGGAUGGCCACCAACGUCCUGUCAUAUAUUGUCAAAUAUGAUGAUCAAAAUCUAAAUUUUGUUGGUUUGAUGCAGUUGAAGAUGGUCAUACAAGAGGUGCUACGACUCCAUCCGCCAGUGGCAUUUGUUUCAAGGGAGGCCUUGCAAGAUGUGAAGCUUGGAAAACUAAGGAUUCCUAAAGGUGUAAACAUUUGGAUAUGGCUGCUAGCAUUGCACCAAGACCCCAAACUUUGGGGGCCCGAAGCAGACAAGUUCAAUCCAGCGAGGUUUGCUAAUGGAAUAUCGGGAGCAUGCACAUACCCACAUGCCUAUGCACCAUUUGGCAUCGGGGCACGUAUAUGUCCUGGCCAGAGUCUAGCCAUGUUGGAGAUGAAAGUCAUUCUUGCUCUCAUCUUACCCAACUUCUCUUUCUCCUUGUCGCCUAACUAUUGCCACGCCCCACACUUUGGUCUGCUUUUGGAGCCUAAGCAUGGCGUGAAUCUCCUCAUGCGCAAGAUAUGA